CUGAUUAUUAAAAAAGAUUGCCAAAUCAAAACUGUAUCUAUGAGGACACUGAUUCGGCUAACAGAUCUAAAUUGUAUUCAUCCUGUGUAUAGUUGGGCCUGAUCCAACGAGUUACUUCCUUUGGUGACACAAUAGGUCAGGUCACUAAGGCCUUAGACCUUGAUGGUCCAAGCAAUGUUGAAUAGUAGAUGGUAGAAAGCAGUGAAGCCUACAAGUCAUGAAGUACCUCGGGCUAAGUGUAGUAAUUCUUUGCGGACUAUUCGAAUACGGAUCCCCAAUAAUGUGUUACGAGUGCAACAGUGCCAUCAACUCGUUCUGCAGCGAGAAGAUGCUCCCAGAGAGUUUGAAGCGGAACUGUUCCGAGCACGACCGCGGCGUGACGCACACGCUGUGUCGCAAGAUCGUGCAGCACGUCGACUACGGCGUCAACGGGCAGCUGCCCGCCAGCCGGGUCAUACGCAGCUGCGGCUGGGACGAGACCAAGUACAAGGGUGCGUGUUACCACCGCGCAGGGUACGGUGGGCGGCAGGAGGUGUGCUCGUGUACCACUGACUUCUGCAACGCAUCCUCAGAGACAACCGCCUCCACACCACUCCUCAUCAGCGUCAUCUAUCUGAUAAUGCAGAAGUAUUUGUGCGAAUGAUAUAGGUACUCAGCGAUUCCUAAACUGGGUUCUGUAGGUUCCUUAGAAAAACCACCGGGGUUUCGCGAAAGUAUUUAUAUUUAAUAAAAAAGUUGAUGAACUUGGUGAUCCACUUCACAACCCACACGACCGAAGAAGAAUAACAUCACUACAUCACUAAUUUAAGAGCAUCGCUCUUGCCGGUGUCGCAUUCUUCAUUCUUGACUAUCAAAGACCAAUUCUUCUUCUUCCUUAUAAAAGACGUGGUUCAGUUUAUCUUUAAUCUGUUCCAUGUAAGCUCUUCUUGGAAGAACAAUAUAUGCAAAUAUUUCAUAUGAUAUGAAUACGAAUUUGUGCCUAUAUUUGCUGGGUGCCUAUAUUUUUUCUGAAAAUAAUUACUUUAUAAUAAGACGAAUUAAGAACCUCACAGCCCACACGAUACUAAAAGAAAUGAUAUACUUACUUACCUAUAAAAUCAUAAAGAAACUUUUCGCCUUGGAUAUUUAGUUUUUAUAAUGUUAUGUUGUUUUACAAUUAAACAAGUAUCGAAAA